AUGCUGUCGCUACGCAUACGAAUAGAAACGGAAACCGGAGUAGGAGCCGCCGGCGCAAAAGUAGGCCCAAUAAACCAUAUACUGCAUUCGAUGUUCAAUCAAAUCGACGUAUAUUUCAAUCAAAAGCUCGUGUCUCCUCCAAACAAUGCUUACGCUUACCGCGCUUAUAUAGAGGCGUUAUUAAAUUAUGCUUCACCAGUAAAAACCUCCCACCUGGCUUCGUGCCUGUGGUACAGCGAUACUGCAGGGAAUAUGGACGCUCUACCUGGAGCGACAAGCAAUCACGGACUCGACAAGCGAGCCGCUUUUGUACAAGGAGGGCGAACACUAAAUCUCAUAGGUUAUCUUCACUGCGACGUCUUCAAUCAAGAUAAAUUCUUGAUCAACGGUGUCGAAGUGCGCAUGAGGCUUGUUCGUUCGAAAGAUUCCUUCUGUCUUAUGGAGGGAAAUACUAUGUCACGGAUACGCAUUUUAGAUGCUACACUACUCAUCAGAAGAGCUAGAAUAAACCAAAGCAUAUUACUUACUCAUACGAAAAUGUUGACCAGGACUAUUGCUAAAUACCCCCUCACGAGAGUCGAGGUUAAAUCAUUCACGAUUCAUAGCGGCGUCGUAGGAGAGACACCAGACAACGUCAUUCUUGGACAAAUACCAAAGCGCAUAAUUAUCGGCUUUGUCGAUAACAAAGCGUUUAACGGUGUCCGGCCGUUACAACCCAAAUUCUCUGGUAACGAGAUGCUCUAUGCCGAGACGUAUCACACUCUUUUCUCAGGAACGGGCAUUCACUUUUUGAACGAAACUAAUUCUAUAUCCAGAGAAGAUUAUCCUGCUGGUUAUACUCUUUUCGCUUUUGAUCUCACUCCUGAUCUGUCAGCUAAUUGCGCGGGCCAAUGGAACCUUGUGAAACAUGGUAGUUUGCGAAUGGAAGUACGAUUCGAAAGAGCCCUCACAACAAUGGUCAAUUGCUUAGUUUACGCUGAAUUUGAAAGCUUGCUGGAAAUAGAUUGUUCUCGUCAAGUCAUUGUAGAUUAUAGCGGUUAA